GAGAGAGAGAGAGAGAGAAAAAUUCAACCUGAAAUUAUUUUGUGUUGCUUUUUGUGUUCAAUAGCUGUCACGAAUUUACCAGGGCUGAAUUUUCACAGAUAUCAUAUAUAUAUAUAUAUAUAUAUAUAUAUAUAUAUAUAUAUAUAUAUAUUUUAACUCCACCUCCACUCAGGAUAUUUAAAGAGUUUUUAAAAAGUUUAAAAAGUAUAUAUAUUCAGAUCUGAACAUGGCUGUAGCCAACUUCCACUACAUUACCCGAAUGAACAGCGGAUUCAAAGUUUAUAUCUUGGAAGGACAACCUAGCUUGAGAGCUGAAGACAGGUACAGGCAACUGUCCAAUCACAGGACAGGACAUCCACCCGUCUACCCAAUCAAACGCAAGUACAGCCCGGACCGCAGCCAAUCUGUGGAAGAGAAGCCGGUGAAAGUGAAGCGAUCACCUAUGGCGCUGAUAACAAGAGAGAGGGCCCUUUUCGGCGAUGCCACUCGCAGCUUCCAGAGGGAGUCCAGCCGCAGCCCCCCAGAGCGUCAGGCCCCACCACCAGCGGGCAUCACCGCGUCGAUGAGAAGGACCAUUCCCGUUCACCAGCUGCCAAGCCCCACCUAUGCCAGCCCACCAAUGGACGAGCCCCUAGCGCUGAUCAAAAAGCCUGGCUAUUGCUCUCCCAGUGAAGGCACUACAGCUACUGGGACACUGGCAAGCCCUGGGACAAGGAGUCCCAGUGCCAGAGCACAGCAGAUGCGCCCUUCUGUGAUCACCUGUGUCUCUUCGGCUCAGCGGUCCAGCAGUAAAUCACCUGACCUGCCCUCAAGCUGUUGUUCUUCUGCAGUUGCAGCGCCCCCUACCUGCGACCCAGUGGUGGAGGAGCAUUUCAGAAGAAGCUUGGGAAAAAAGUACAGUGAGGCCAGCUCCAGCUUGGCUUCUAUUAACACUUCGGUGGACGACCAUUUCGCGAAGGCGCUGGGGGAGAAGUGGCUGCAGAUCAAGGCUACCUCCCCUCCAGACAGCCCUAGCAGUGCUUCCUCCCCAGCCAGGGCAAACAGCCCCCACAGCCCAGUCGGAGCUUCCCGGGGCAAGCAGCAGUCUGCACUCUCCCCCUAAGCAGGACUAGAGACUCUUGGUGGUCUUCACAAGUUGAACGGAGAUGCACAGACUAAUGACGCUGACAUUGAUGGUCUUCGAGGGUCAAAAGAAAAGACUUACAGCACUGAAAGUCCAAGUGAUAGCGCUAAUAAAGGUGUUUUAUGAUGGGGUAUCCUUCAUUACUGUAUCUUAAAAUCCACCAAAGAGUAGAACUUUGCCUAACACUGAGCUAAAGGAGCACAGCCAGCUUAUAUCAGAAGAGAAUCUUCAUGUGUUUACUGCCCAAUGGUGUAAAGAAUUCUAGAAAAGUGGGAAAAAUUAUUGCAUUCUAGAACAUACCAGAUCAAAGAUGUUAAGUAUAAAAAAAACAAACAAACCAAAAAAAAAAAACGUUGUUAAUCAUGAAAUAUUUCUUGAAUCUUUACUGCUUGGUUAACAUCGGUCUGUUUUUUUUUCUUUUUUCUAGAACACUCCUAGAACAUUCUAGAGCUGUUAAUUUUUUUGGGGGUUCUUUUUCCAUUUCCUUCUGAAAUCCUACAGGCUACAACAUAUUCCAGAAUGCAUUUUCUAGAACUUUUACUUUCAAGUUUGUUUGUUUUUUCUAAACGGGCGUCCUUCUAGCAAGUUCUAGAAGCAGUUUUGUGUGUUUUUAUUUUGUAUAGUUUUAUGAACUCAAAUGUAUAUGUGGUCUUUUUUAUGUUUUUAUAUUAUUUAUUAUGUGGUAUUCUGCCUACUGAAUGUCUUACUUGUUGAACUAUGUUGGUAAAAUGGAAAUUACGUUUUUUAAUAAAUAUUUUAUAAUUA